AUGAACUGCAGUAGUACGAAGCAGCAAUGGCUUGCCGUCUUCGUCUACGUCGGGCUCGUCCUUGUAGCCGGUCGCGAGCACAAAGCUCCAAAAAAUAAGGAACAAAGUACGACAGUAGCGAGCCGUAACUCGCCUCGAUUCACGCCUCGAAGCGCAACGACAAGAACCACCACCGAAGCCUCGUCGCAGCAGGAUGCGACGACCAUCAAGAAUAGCCGUCAACGGGCCUCGAGCUUCAACCGCAAGACCACCCAGCUGAGCCGUACCAAUAAACCAGCGAGCACCACCGGCGCACCGCAGCUCGACAAAGACUCCUCGAGAGCCAAUAACAAUAAUAACGAGGCCGCCGUCGCAUCCACGUCGAGGCCGACGCCGCGCAAGGCCCUCUAUCAUCAGCCGUCGAGGCUCGUCUCACGCAACAGGCUGAUACCGAAACUGCGCCUACCCGAGACUGAAAAGGCGGCCGCCAACGCUACCGCCGCGGAGUCCGACGAGUCGGGCCACGACGCCGGCAAGAAGUCUUACUCGCCGGAUGACUCGAGCGACGAUCACGCGGCCAAGGCUCAAGCCGACGAGCCGUACGAGGGCGACGCCGCCGCAAAAGUUCCUGAUGUUCAGCGAGUGGGUGGUCGCGCGAGCGCCGGUAGAUCCGCCGCUACCAACGACGACAAACAAAAAUCGGACGCGGAGGCGGCGGCUCCGUUGGCCGAGAACCAGCGCGCCAGAACCGGCCGCAAGAUUCAACAGCACGUACAGAUCAGACCCAGACCGUUGAAGGGUGGAUCCGCUCUGAAACUCGCCAGGGAGAAGCAGCAACAGCAACAGCAACAGCAGCAGCAGCAACAAAACGAGGACUCGGAAAUGGAAUCGACCGUAGAAGUGAUGGUGACCGAGCGCAUCACCGACGCCACUCUGAAGCAAGACAUAUCGGCCUCCGGAUCGGAGAAGUUUCACGUGAACGCUGCCAUCGACGCAACGGUGGAAGCCAAGAAGCCAACGACCGCGUCCAACGCCACGGAUACCCCGCUGCCUAGCGAGGGCUCGAAAAAUAGACUGAUGACCUACAAGAUACGCGGCAACCGAUCGACCACGACGAGAAAGCCAGCGAGCACCACCGAGGCAGCCCCGAGCGAUGCUGCUUCCGCCGCCAACCCCGCACCGACUCGUGGACCGUUGCGAAGAGGCGGCAUCACCAGAGGUUCCUCGCCCACCGUGGCCGCCAUUCAGUCCCACGCCAAUCGCAUCCGCCAGCGUCACAACGAGAGGAAACCCCCGUCGACCACGACCACCACCGAGGCCAACAAAGACGGCGCGACGACCCCGGCUCCAACCCCGAGGAGACGUACCUACUUCCCCAAGCCGCCGCAGAGGACGCACCCGGUAGAGCAUCCCCACAAACAACAACAACCGAUCGAGAACGGCCCGGCGAGUGCAGCCGCCACCAAGAAGAUAGCGGCUCACCCGGUCGACGCCAGAAAGCCCAACAGGCCAAGGAGUCGCUACCGCGCCGAGUUGUCGACCAGCACCGAGGCUGCCGCGACCACCACCAGCACCACCGCCGCCAGUCCUUCCACCACGGCGGCUACUACGACUUCGACGACCACUACCACCACUACGACUCCGGCUCCGUCGACGACCCUAGCGCCGACCGCAGCGCCAGCCCCGGCGAUUCUGAGCUCGGAGCCGACCUACGAGGGCUCGUUCUCUCCCUCGAGCGCGAUACCGUCGAAUUUUGGAAUCUCGACGCCUCUGCACGAGGCCAAUUUGCCGGCGACUACGUUUCAGCCGGCCAUCAGGUGGUCCAGCACUUCGACCGAAGCGACCUCGGUGAACGAGAAUCCCAUCGAAAUUGGCAAACGCAACGACGAGGUUAACGAAAAAGUAGAGGAUACCGUCGGAGACAAGCGCAAAGCUACCAAGGAGGAUUUUUUUAACCAUGGGUUGGGGUUUCGCGGAAGAACGCCGGCAGAACCCUCGACGAAUGAAACUCCAAUCGCUAUAGUCAGCUCAUCGACAUCGGCGCCCACGCUUCAAGCGGACAACGCCCCGCGCGGAAAUCUAGGAUGGAAUCUGAGACGUCGCCCGGGACAUUUGAGCGACGACUCGAAAGCGGAUGCCGCUCCCGAGCAAGCUUCCGGCGAUCAAACCAGGGAAAUCACGUCCGUGACCAGCAGUACUUCCAAAGUGGGACGACGAGGAAACAAAGUUCAUACGAAGGCCCCGGGAUCGGGAUCGAAAGACGACGAAACCGAGGGAGAUAACUAUCCUCCGGAAUUUAAAGCGAGAUUGGCUGAAUUGCAAAAGAGUGGCCCCCAAUCGAGAACCCCGUUAGAGGAACCACGAUUGCAUACCAGCUCGAAUGUUAUCGAUACAACGAGCGCAGACCUCGCACCCGCCUCGUCAGAUAGUGCGUACCAAGUGGUAGAAACGACUUACCAAACUCCUAAUUACCCAACUGUCUCAUUGUCAAAUUCGAGCCCCCUGGAUGUGCAGCAAGACAAGACGUCGUCUGCCGAGCUUUUCGCAGCUAGAUCGAGAAUGAAAUUGGAAAAAGCGCGUAAAUUGGUCAAGCCCGAGCUGGUGGUUUUCGACGAUCAGGGCGCUGCGUCGCGUCAGCCCGUGGCGGCCAGCUUGAUCCUGGAAUCAUUCGCGGACGAUCAGAACGCCGGCGAUUCCGAGGGCAACGAGGAUCAAAAGAUCGUCAAAGUCGCGAGAAAAGUUAACGCGCUCGACGAGAAGGCCGAAUCGGUGUCGCAGCAACAACAGCAGCAGCGCAAUCGCACCAAGUCCGGCGACUGGAAGCCCUCGAAGCUGCGAAAGAACUUUAAGGAAAACCAAACGAGAAUUUCCAGAUAUAAACAGGCAAGUCCCUACGUUCCUAAGAUAAAAGUGCCAUCGCCGGUUAGCGCGGAAAAAAAUAGCCCGGAGGAGAAUAGCGUCGAGGACGAUUUCACCAAGUCGGCCAGAGUGGCCAGAUACGAGGAGAUCAAGCACAAGUACGUGACGAAGCCGAGAGGCAGCAACAAGAGUCGGGGCCCCAAAGCUUCGCCCGACGACGCUGUACAAGACAUGAUGACGACGACGACGACGACCGAAAAACCGCGAAAAUCGUCGUCCUUCACGCCGCGUAAAAACGACAAAAAUCACGUGGAGGACAUCAAGGCCGUCGCGCUCAAGCUGCGCAAGAGCUUGGAGAGCCAGGAGAAGCAGCAGACGCCAAAACCGCCGAGGAAGAGCGAGCUGGAGGGCGGCUCGACGACCCUGCUGACGACCAUGCGCACCGUCAAGUCCUUCUCCUUCUCGACGCGUCUGGUCAAGGACGAGGGCGAGUCCGUGAGCUCGUCCACGGAGAAGAUGCUCGACGCCGAGGACGCGUCGUCCUUGUCCUCGGUCUCCACCUCCUCGUCGGUGGUUACCGAGAUCGUGACCCCGCGAUCGCCGACUUCGACGACGACGCCGUCGUCGACCACUGACUCGUUGAACGAGAUCGACGACGCCUCGAACGCGGUGAUCGCGAGCAGCGACGAUAACAAGAGCGACGACAAUGACAUCUGGUCGAAAGCUCGACUGGAGUACCGAGCGAUGCUGACCAACGACACGGGCUCGCCGGUAUUCGUCGUUUAUCCAUCGGCAACGGAGAAACCGUUGCUGGCCGUGACGCCCAAGACGACGACGACGACGUACCGACCAAGCGCAGAAAUGCAACCGCAGUCGGCAACGCAGGAGCCCCACCGAGCCGCCGAUCAGCCGAUGCAGAAAUCGGCCGGCGAUACACCGACCACCAACAUCUACAAUCCGACCAAGGCCGCGGCGAGCCUCGGCACCGACAAGGAGCGAGUCCUCGAGCAGCUGCGCAGUACGGUGGCGCCGCUCCUGGCCGCGAUCGCCACUACUACCACCGACGAGCCGAAAUUGCCCAACUACAGCGGCUCCUACAGAAAUACCAAUAGCGUCAACGCCACUCCGAAGGCCGCCACCUCGAGCGGGACUCCGCGCAAAUUCAGCGCGAGGUACAGAGGUGCGGAAUUUUUCGAGAAAAAAUCCACCCAAUCAUUGAAUGCCAUAACCGAGAACAACGAUCCGGCACCGAAUAUUGAUUUCGACGAAUUCAGUUAUCGAACGCUGCAACCCGCAUUUAGUCGGGAUACGAUCGAGAGCACGACUCGCGAUAUUUUUGACGCUUCGAACGACGUCAAGGAUAUCGCGGAAAUAGUCACGCUACCACCGCCGACGAUGACGCUCGGUGGCAACGCAGAAGAAGACGACGCCGUCACUACCGUGCAAACGUUUGCUUUUGAUUACAAGCGCGAGCAGUCGACGGCCGAUUCCACCGAUUCCGUUACCGAUUUUAUGCCAUCCAGUACGGAAUCGAAUGCCGAUUUAUCGGUGACGAUCGGUAAUAGUGCGAUAACUACCGGCAAAUCGGCAGAUUUCAAAGUAAUUGAAAUCAUAUCGAAACCUCCGACAUCGAUUAGUAUGAAAACAGAGAAUACGAGCGAUGAGCCAAUGACAACGACACUGUCCGCAGAUAGCAUUGAAAUGAACACAGCUAAAUCGGAUGAAGCUAUCGAAAUUAAUUUGACAAAAUCCCAAGACAGUGAUAAUCAAAAUGAAUCGGAAGAUUCUAGUACUGUAGUCUCAGAAGUAAGUAAUUCAUUAUUUAAUAAAUAUCUAACCGACAGUAGUGAUGAAUCAAAACAAUCGACUCUCAUGGAGAUCCAGUUAGGCCAACGACCCACAAAAGCAUCCAAAUUAAAUCUAGCGACCGAAAUAAAUCCAACUGUAGAAAGUACAAACAAAAAAUUAGAAGUGGUAGCCAUGUUAGAUAUAAAAACAGAAGAAGUUGACGCAAAAGAUGAUAAUGAGCAGAAUUUCAAACAUAAAGCGUCGAAAAAAGUUACAUCGAUAGUACCUGCAGUGAAGUUCGUUUCGGUUCACGAAAUGGACGAAUCAGAUUUAUCGACAUCUAGAGAAAUGUCAGUCUACGAAGAAUAUAGCAAAUAUUCUAACAUUAAUGUUUCAAAAGCACCGAGUAACGACAGUAAUUCAAUCAAUCCGCACGAUGUUUCUAAAACAUUGGAUUUUGAAAUACACGUCUACAACUCGAUGAAUUCAUCAAUGUCCACAGGUACUAGACAAUUUUUUAUGACAAAAAUUCUCUCAAAUAACAAGGACAUGGAAUCUAUUGUUAAAAAACUAUCAGUAUUCAGCACCGACACUACGCUUCUUCUUCCAAUCGCCCAAAGGACGGCAAAUCUCAGCAAAAAGCCCUAUCAAUUAACGAUGAAAACAAAGUCAAUGAAAAAUUACCCCUUAUCAUCCGAAUACUCCUCAAUUAUCACUAACCUCCUGAAACCGAUUUAUGAUUCUCCAAAUUCAAUAGCUCCGUUCGAGACGACGACGACGAUCCUGGCCAACGCCUCGACAAUCAUAAAAUCUACUACGAAGGAUCAUCGACAAGUCGCUACUACUACAAACUAUCCCAAACUAACGAUGCCAGCGAAUAAAAUCGUCGACGAACGUCGAAAUUUGGAAAUAACGAACAGUAUUAAUCGGAGAGCGAGCUCGAGCACCAGCACCGUAGCUCCCGUCAGAGAUUAUUUGAUUUACGGAAUACUUCCCAACAAAACGAUCGUCAGAAAACGCCCAGAAGAUAACCUCAUUGAUUCAAGGAACGUCGAUAGUCCGUACGUGAUCUUUGGAAUCUUUCCCGAUGGAAAGCUCGUGCGCAAAUUUCCCAACGGCACGAUAAUACCGGAUCCGCCCAGCAAUCCUGUCGAGGUCGUUUUUUCCUUGACCACGAGCACGACGACCGACAGGCCCAGACUUCCCUUUGAUCAGGUUAAUGAACCAGGCAUUUUUACUCAGAGCAAUAAUUACCUUGAGACUCGUCGUAGUCCUAUUGACAACGUGAAUACCCAGAAAGCUCGCAUCUACACCCUUAACGAACUAGAAAAUUUAAACUCUUUUCAAGGAUAUUUCAGUGGCAAUCGGCCGUUUGAUAGGUUCACGAGUGAAUCUGGAAGAUUGGUGACAACGAUCCCAAAUUUUGAAAAUAAUUCUAGUCAUAAAAAUCGAUCCAGUAACUCUAUUUCUCAAGAAGACAAAAAACUCGCACGGCCUGAUAUUUUGAUAGGACAGGAUAAAUUUGUCAAUUACUGGACGACGGAACAAACUAGCAGUAAGAGUUCUUCUUCCAGUGUACCUGCUACUUCUACCACAGCUGUAUCAAACGAAGUGACUCCAAGGUCAAACAAAGUUUCGGACACGAUAGCAGAUACUAUAAACUCCUUGAUAAGAAUGUCAUCUAAAGCAACGACUACGUCAACGAUUGCUCCGAUUACGACGACAGAAAAACUAGCACGUACUUCGUCGACUCGCGAAACUACGAUCGAGCCACCAGUCACUACGACCCCUGCGCCUAUGUACAUUCGCACCAGAGCCACUACUACCCCACCGAGCACAACGACUGCACGCGCCACUACUACUACUACGUCGACGGAACCACCAACCAAGGUUCCCUCUUUGUCGAGUUCGGCACCUUUUUCCACGACCGCCAGCCCGAUCACGGCUAAUCCAAAUGCCUUCGGCUCGACUUUCGACGAUUUGGCUUUCCUCAAUGCAUUGCUGGAGAAGCCGAGCCAAGGAGGUGAGGUCGAGACCACACCCAAGACGCUCACAGAAGUGGAGCAGCAGCUCGCUAAUAAGAUCUUAGCCCUGGCUCUGGGUCGAUCGGUAUCCGAGAUCUCGACGCGCACGCCCAAAGUCAUCAAGCAGCUCGACGGGGCCAAUUCCAUUGGCGGCGGCAAGCAGACCACCGCCGGAUCGUCGGCCGAGCCGAUCGUCAUCGAUCUGUCGACCUCGUCGUCGACCUCGACGACCACAACUCAGCGUCCCACCACUACGCCCUACACCUGGAAACCCGUCCGAGCUUACUCGAGUUACGACGCUUACACGACUACGACGACGACCACUACCACCACUACGACUACUACCACGACUACGCCUAGACCUCAGAGGCGCAGGCCGACGACGACGACGACGAGCACGACAACGGCUGCACCCGUUUUGAUAACCGCCAAGCCAGUGAACAGGAGGCCGAAGACCACGACGCAAGCUCCACCGCCGCCGCAACAACCUGCUGGGCCUUUUGGUUUCGCCGGCAACAUCUUGAGAAAUCUCUUCGGCUGGCGCAAUCCGUUCCAGCAAGUUCAAGCUCAGACUCAGAGGCCCACCGUCGCCGCCAGGAGGCCGUCGACGACGGCUCGACGAGUCACCACUAGCACCACCACGACCGAGUCUUAUCCCGAAGCGGAUCAGCUCGAGUCGAGUCACACGCCGAGAUCCGUGCGCUUGUCCAACUCGGCGACGCCGCGAAGUAAACUGUCCUCGACGACUUUUUCACCCGAGGACGAUGCCAAAUUUUUGGAAGCUCUACUGAAGGCUACGAGAGAGACCAACAGCGAUGGUACGAAAAAAUUGAAUCUGAGCAAAGACGACGAGGCAUUGUUGAACGCGAUACUGGUGAGUCAGAUGAAAUUGCCCGCUGGAGGUGGUAACGAUCAAAAAGAUGCCGCCGCCUUGGCGGACUAUUUGAAAAUCCAAGGGGUACAACCGUCGACGCCGGACACUUUGGCCAACUUGAUCAAGGAGGCGCCGACGAGACGGCCGACGCAGCGAAGAACAACGACGACGACGACGACGGAGGAGCCCAGAUCGACCUAUCCCAGGCCGUUCUUCAACAAUUUCGGUCCGUUCGCCGCCAGUGCCGGCUUCGGCUCGGCCAACAACAACAACAACGGCGGCGACGGCAACGCCGCUGACGACGCGAGAGGCGCGAUUCGCAACCAAGUCGUCAGCGCCGCUAUUGGCAUGACUCGAGCGGUCGGCCAGCUUUUCGGUGCUGUUAUCAGGGGUGCUGCUCACUCCAUUCGGACAUUCGUCAACGGAAGCGGCGGUCAGCGGGACAAUAUCUAG